CUUUUCCUUAAUGCUUUAAUCCCCUAUCCCUAUUACUUUUCUUUUUAGCGAAUUUUCCUUCUACAUUUUACUCUCUCAGAAUGUCGGACGACGAUGAUUUCAUGCAAGAUUCUGGUGACGAGGAAUAUGACUUUGAAUACGAAGAUGAAGACGAGGACGAUUCGGGCGAUGUCGGGAUCGAGAACAAAUACUACAACGCGAAACAAGUGAAGAUAGACAACCCAGAGGAGGCGAUCGACGAGUUCCUAGGAGUGCCGGCACUGGAGCAAGAUAAAGGCGACUGGGGAUUCAAGGGGCUGAAGCAAGCCAUCAAGUUGGAAUUCAAGCUCGGACGAUACAGUGAUGCGGUCGAACACUACAGGGAACUGCUCACCUACGUCAAGUCGGCCGUCACCCGGAAUUACUCGGAGAAAUCAAUCAACAACAUGCUGGACUACAUUGAGAAGGGCUCCGACGACGAAAGGGCAUACCAGUGCAUGGAAGAAUUCUACUCCUUGACGCUGCGAUCGUUCCAGAACACGAACAACGAGCGAUUAUGGUUGAAGACCAACAUCAAAUUAGCCCGACUGUGGCUCGAGCGCAAGGACUAUAGCCAGCUGAGAAAAAAGGUACGGGAGCUGCACCGGGCGUGUCAGCGGGAGGACGGGAGCGACGACCCCAGCAAAGGCACCUACCUCCUCGAACUCUACGCACUGGAGAUCCAGAUGUAUGCCGAGACCAAGAAUAACAAGCGGCUGAAGGCACUCUAUCAAAAGGCUCUACGCGUUAGGUCGGCUGUGCCGCAUCCGAAGAUCAUGGGCAUCAUCCGGGAGUGCGGCGGAAAGAUGCACAUGAGCGAGGAGAACUGGAAGGAGGCGCAGAGCGACUUCUUCGAGUCGUUCCGGAAUUACGACGAGGCGGGCUCCAUGCAGCGCAUCCAGGUGCUCAAGUACCUUGUGCUGACGACGAUGCUCAUGAAAUCGGACAUCAAUCCAUUCGACUCCCAGGAAACGCAACCCUACAAGAACGAUCCGCGCAUCGCUGCCAUGACCGAUCUCGUCGACGCAUAUCAACGGGACGACAUUCGCACCUACGAGGAUAUCCUCAGUAAGAACGCCGACGUGUUGGCCGACCCGUUCAUCGCGGAGAACAUCGACGAAGUCAGCCGGAACAUGCGCGUCCGCGCGGUGCAGAAGCUGACCGCACCGUACAAGCGGUUCACGCUCAAGUUCAUCACGAAGCACAUACGUAUCACCGAGCCGGAGGCUCAGGAUAUUGUGAGCUAUCUCAUUCUGUACGGGAAAAUGAAGGCAAAAAUCGACCAGGAGCACGGCACAGUGGAGGUGGAGGCUGAUUCCCCCGCGUACCUCGAGCGAGUUCGGCAGUUGAAAGAAUGCUAUAUACUGAUGCGCAAGAGCUGGACGCAUUUGUUGAACGAUGGCGAAGGCUUCAAGGAUGAUGGCGGCCAGCUCGUUCUCCAGGGAAUGCGAGUAACCGGAGGCGGGCCUCUGUUCCAGUCGGAUGAUCCGUUGGCUCCAAAUCGUCCUCGCCGUCGAGGGCGGGGUGGAGCAGGAGCCGGCCUGAGGGGGAAUGCUUGAGCUCAGCACCAUAGGUUGGAGGGGCUUCAACAUGCAGGUGUUUCGGAUACUUACAUGUACUGUAUUACACUGCAUAUCCUUAGAAGAAGCGAUCGCGGGCGUGCUGAGGGCGUGCCGAGGGGGUACAGUACAAAGUACGUAGUUUUCCCCAUGAUUGCUGACUUGCUGGCUGUCUUGCCGUCUUGCCGUCUUGCCGUCUUGCCUGCUUGCUAGGUAGCUUACUAGCUUGUUCCCUGCCAGUCUGUUUGGCUGCUCGCUAGUAACUUAGCUAGCUAGGUAGCAUCUACCUAGCACAGUACUCGCCCCGGAUUCUGCGGGUGAUACUUCCACUCCCAUCCCCCCGGUCCCAGGGCCAGUUAAACCCCC